AUGGCGCUGGAGCGGGCGCAGGCCGAGGGCCCCGCCGCCGCGCCGCCCGCCAGCCUCUCCGCCCCGGAGAGCCCCGGCGAGGCGGCGCCUGGUGGAGAGGCGGAGUCCGCGGCCCUCCCCGGUGAGGCGGCGGGAGGCGAGGGGGAGCGCGGGCCGGGCGGCGGCGCGGAGGCCGCGGGGCAGAGCGAGGGGGCGGCGGAGGAGGACGAGGCGGAGGAGGCGAGCGUGAAACCCUCGCAGAACAUCGCGGUGCAGACUGACUUCAAAACGGCCGACGCGGAUGCGAACACGGAUCAGGACAUUGAGAAGAACCUGGACAAAAUGAUGUCUGAGAGGGCUUUGUUAAAGGAACGGUACCAGGAGGUGUUGGACAAACAGCGGCAAGUGGAGAACCAGCUGCAGGUGCAGCUCAAACAGCUCCAGCAGCGGAGGGAAGAAGAGAUGAAGAACCACCAGGAGAUUCUGAAAGCAAUUCAGGCCGUUACGAUCAAACGGGAAGAGACAAAGAAGAAGAUGGAGAAAGAGAAGAAGGAAUUCCUGCAGAAAGAGCAGGAUCUGAAAGCAGAAAUUGAGAAACUCUGCGAGAAAGGCAGAAGGUUGCUGAAGGAGCAGGAGGAAAAGGAAAACAAGAUUGCUUCUCUGAUUGCAGAGCAGUCUGAUGAAAAGCAGCUAUGGGAGAUGGAGCUAGAUAAGCUGAAGAACCAGCACAAUGAAAUCAACAGGAACAUCCUUGAGGAGACAGAACGGGCCUGGAAAGCAGAGAUCCUGUCCCUGGAGAGCCGAAAGGAGCUGCUGGUGUUGAAACUAGAAGAAGCAGAAAAAGAAGCAGAGCUGCACCUCACCUACCUCAAGUCUGCACCACCAACACUGGAGACCAUGAGGCCAAAGCAGGAGUGGGAGAUGAGGCUGAACAGGAUACGAAUGACGAAGGAAAGUGUCCGAGAUCAGUUCAAUGACCACAUUCAGAUGGUGAGAAAUGGAACGAAGCUGAGCAGCCUCCCACAGAUCCCAACCCCAACACUGCCACCUCCACCCUCAGAAACAGAUUUCAUGCUGACGGCAUUCCAGCCCAAUCCAUCCCUUACUCCCAGGCUCCCAUUUCCCAUAGGACCGGUUCCUGUUCCCAUGGUCAUGCCAAGCGCUGAUCCUCGGGCGCUCUCCUUUCCUCUCCUGAACCCUGCAAUCUCCAGACCCAACCAGCCUUCCCCACCGCUGCCUGCAUCCCAAGGAAGAAACAGCCCCGUCGUGGCAUCGCUUAUUGGCACACACAGUCCUCACAUGACUCCUGCAGCCUCCAUCCCUCCUCCACCGGGUCUGGGAGGAGUUAAGGUCACUCCGGAGUUUCACAGGUCACAGCCAGCAGAUAAGCUGGAGAAGCUGCUGGAGAAGUUGUUGACUCGAUUUCCCCAGUGCAACAAGGCCCAGCUCACCAACAUCCUGCAGCAGAUCAAGACUGCUCGGAGGACGAUGGCGGGUCUGACUAUGGAGGAGCUGAACCAGCUGGUGGCAGCCAAGCUCGCGGAGCAGCAGGAGCGGGCAGCAGCUGGGGCUCAGCCUCUCGGUCGAAUCAGGGCGCCCAUGUUUUCUGCUCCGCUGCCUCAGAUCAGCACGCCGAUGUUCCUGCCCCCAGCCCAGGUAGCUUACCCAGGAACGGCAUCACAUACCCCAGCUGCCUGUAAGCUAUGUCUCAUGUGCCAGAAGCUUGUACAGCCCAGCGACCUUCAUCCCAUGGCCUGCUCGCAUGUGCUGCACAAGGAGUGCAUCAAAUUCUGGGCACAAACCAACACAAAUGACACUUGCCCCUUUUGUCCAAGUCUCAAAUGACGGCUACUCGAACAAAGUGGUCCCACGGGAGGAGUUGCUGUGAAUAGACAGGAUCAGUUCUAAGAUUUCUACAGUUCUAUAUUUAUACGACCAUGUAUACACAUGUACAUUUUUAUUAUAUAGGUAAUGUGUGUAUAGAAAGUCUGUAUACAUACAAAUUCAUAAAUAAAGUGUGUAUAUUAUGCAGUGA